UUUGAUUAGUUUGUUAAAUAUCAGCUUGUGACAAAAAAUAAAAAUAAAGAUAGAAGGUUUGGUUAUAAGUUAAAUAUUUAGUUAAUACUUUGACACAAGUAUAACCAACGUCAUUAUUUAACUGUGAAGCAUCGGUCUACUGAAAGAUUUAGAAACUGGAUAUGAAAGAUUAUUGGAACAAAGAACCAUCAAGAUGUUAAUACAAUUAUCUGUUGUUCUAUGCUGUCUCUCGGCCGCCUCUGGGACAUAUGUGGCAUAUUUUCCAAAUUCACUGAUCCCUGGUAUCCCAUUGCAAGUUCGAGUUCUAGUUCAAAACUGUGGGGGUCCAGUUUCAAUUUGCGCCGGUUUGAAAUUUGCCGAAAACGGCUCAGUUGUUGCAGAAAAUACAAUCUCCGUAAGCAGCGGAAUGUAUUCGACCAUACCUAUUAACGUUCCAAGUACAUUACGUCCGUCGAAUUAUAGAACAUUUGUAACGGGAUCUGGUGCAUUGGUCUUCACUAAUAGUUCAAGUAUUCACUAUAAUAACAAGAGCUUGAUGGUAUUUAUACAGACAGAUAAAGUUCGUUAUUCGGCAGGUCAGACAGUGAGAUAUCGGGCAGUGUUUCUUCUUCCUAAUCUUAUGGGCUUCCAGGGAGAAGCGACCGUCAUAAUUCAGGAUGGACAGGAAAAUAAGAUCGAGACAAGAGGACCACAUUUGGUUAAAAAUGGGGUUAUAUCUGGUGAAAUAGAGCUCAGCAAAUACCCCGUGUUUGGGAAUUGGACAAUAGGCAUUGAUGUCAUGGGGAAAACGCAUACAAAAUAUUUCGAAGUCAAUGAUUAUGUCUUGCCAAGAUUUACCGUUUCGUUGAAGAUACCUGCUACAAUAAAUGCUUCACAAGCGUCUUUUACAAUAGGUGUAAAGGCAAGGUUUACAUUCAAGACAGAUGUAAAUGGAAACUGCACUAUUCUACUGUAUAAUGAAGGGGAUACUUCGAAGAACUUUCAGCUCUCAAACGAUAUAAAAGGUAAGGCAGAAUUUACUCUCCAGAUGUCAAAGGUCACAAGUGAAUUAGAUAUAAACUCAGACAUAAAAGUCAGAGCUAUGGUUACCGAUAAUGCUACAGUACUUACAAUGGUAGCCGAACGCAGAUUGAAUAUUGCGUCGAAUAAAGUACAGCCCCUAACCAUAACAAAAAUUGAUGCUUAUAAAAAAAGCUAUAUACCUGGGAUGACUUAUCGUGCAAAGAUCUUUGUUGGAAGAAAUGGUAAAUCACUAGGAAGAAGCGGCAAGCUUACAGUGACACCAUCGGUUACUACAGCGAUAUUGCAACAUUGUUCUUACAAUCCUCCUACGUACAAGUGGCUGAAAGUAAACACGGAACGCAGAAGGUCUUUUACACUCAAUUUUGACGAGUCUGGAUAUGCUGACCUUGCAUAUUUGGAUAACACUAAAAAUGUAGAGAAAAUAUCAUUUAAGAUUAUAUUACAAGACAUAACUGCUGCUUCAAGUUCAUUUGACAUUUAUCCUCUUUUGGAUAAUAAACCUUUUCUACGAAUGAAUGUUAACAAGUUCAGAGCAAAGGUCGGGGAAAGCAUUGUUGUCGACGUUACUGCGACGGAAAGCCUAAACGGAGCCUUGGCAUUUGAGGUAUAUGCAAGGGGUAUACAUCUUACAUCAGAACGGGUAGCCAUAAACGAUGCUGUAACAAAGAAGCACACUAUGGCAGUAACGAAGGAUAUGAUUCCAAGUGCAUUUAUCAUAGUAAAUCAUUUGACACAAACUGGUCAUCUGAUCGCCGACUAUGUAUAUAUACAGGUUGAAGGAAAUCCAUUCAAAAAUGAGGUCGAAGUUUCAUUCAAUGACACGAAACCACAGCCAGGAGAGACGGUAAACAUGCACGCAUCCGCCGAUCGACACUCAACUAUUUAUGUCUUAGCCGAGGAUCUCAGGAACCGUGUGUUUGGUGUUGACAACGACAUAUUUUGGACAGACGUUGUACAAGAGAUUGUUGAUGCGAGUACUAGUAUAUCGCAAAAUAUAGGAAAUCAUGGAAACAGGAAAAAGCGCACAGACCAGGUUAGACAGUUGGCUAAACGCUCGCACGGGAAUCUUGGAGAUUUAGACGACAAAUAUAUUGAAAGCGGAUUGGUAGUUCUCUCCGAUGCAACGGUUUCCGAACAAAAGCUUGAUUUACUUACUUUAAAAGGGUAUAAACAAGAAUGUAAAGCGCAAGGAGACUCCGUUCAUGUGUGGGCAUUUCUCACAAGCUGUGUUACCUGUUAUAAGCCUACCAGUAUUAAUUUAUUUGGUUUACAAGGAGCAUUUCCUUCUUCGAACAAUGCCUAUAACGGAGGUGGAUUAGGGUUAUCAAAUAUUUUCUUACCAGAUGAAAGCAAAAAGGGAUCUGGUUUGUCCCUGGAGGAAAUUGUAAGAACGAAGUUUCCUGAUACCUGGCUUUGGGACGAAUAUAAUACUGGCAUGAACGGUGUAAUUGAUAUUGCUCAUAAAAUUCCUGAUUCAAUGACGUCAUGGGUGACUUCAGUAUUUGCCGUUAACUCAGAAACAGGUUUUGGGAUUGCUGAAACAAAACCAGAAAUAUUGGUGCAGAAAAAGUUUUUCCUCACAAUGGAUCUUCCGUCAUCAAUUGUUCAUGGCGAAGAGUUUCUCCUCCAGAUAUCAGUAUUCAAUAACGACCCAAUAACUAAAUUGGUAUUUCUGCGAAUAAUGCUGUCUGAGAACCCGAGCAAUACUAUUCCAGCUUCUACUAAAGUGAAGGGAAAUGAUGGUCAAUCAACGUUCAUUCGUAUCCAGCCUGAACACAUUGGAGAAUUGAAUAUAACAGUAACAGCCUAUAUUAUGGGCAAUUUCUUCUUUAGCAUACCGGAUCAAAUAAUGAAAAGCGUAACAGUACGGCCAAACGGUGUAUUCAAAACAACCAAUGAGCAACAUCUUAUUGAUGUUACACCAGAGUCCAGUCGAUUUAUCAAACACAUUAAUAUAGUUCAUCCAGAUGAUAUGGUUGAAAACUCUAGAUUUACUAAAGUCAUCAUUACCGGAAAUUUCAUGGUACCUAGUAUUAAUGGGUUAGAUAAUUUGAUACGAAUGCCUUAUGGUUGUGGUGAACAAACUAUGAUAAAUUUUGCCCCAGCAAUAUUCAUUCACGAUUAUCUAACUGUUGUUGAGAAAUUGACCCCAGAUAUAAAAAUGAAAUCAACUAAAAUUCUGAAGACAGGGCUACAACGAGAACUGAGAUAUCAACGCAGAGACGGUUCGUUUAGCGCAUUUGGAAACCGGGAUUCUUCUGGGAGCAGCUGGCUGACAGCGUUUGUUCUGAAGUGUUUCGGUCAAGCAAAAGAUCUCAUUCAAAUUGACGAUUCUGUUAUGGUUAAAGCUAUGGUGUGGUUGCUGAGAUACCAAAAUAGGGACGGAUCUUUUCGAGAACCAGGAAGAGUCAUACACUAUCAAAUGCAGGGUGGGUCAUCUUCCGGAAUAAAGAUGUCAGCAUUUAUUCUAAUUUCAUUAUUAGAAAACAGAAAUGUUUCAACUGUUCAGGGAACCGAUGUCACCAUGGCAAUAAGAAAGGCAUCUACCUUCUUAGAAGCAAAACUUAGCUAUGUCAAAGAUUCAUAUUCGCUAGCGAUCAUAUGCUACGCUCUAGCAAGUGCCAAUAGCCCUUCGAGAGCCAGAUGUUACAGGAAGCUGAAGAAAGCCGCUUUUUAUGAUGAUGACAAAACCUACUGGAAGGCUAACCAUAAAGUUACAAAAAGGGAAGUAGGUGAUCGUGCAUUAAGAAAUAGAGCACCGUCAAUGGAUGUAGAAGCGUCAUCGUAUGCUCUUCUAACUUAUAUGAAACUUGGGUACUACACAGAGGCUUUUCCUAUCGUAAAAUGGCUUGUGUCACAACGUAACCCUACUGGUGGUCAACGAUCUACUCAGGACACAGUUAUAUCUAUACAAGCCCUUGCCGAAUUUGCAACAAAUGGAGAGGCUACACCAGGCCCGAAUUAUGGAGUGAAAUUUGAAUUGUCUCAUGCUGGAAAGUUUAAUCACGUGUAUACUACAAAUCUGUCUACAUUUGAUUUUGUGCACACAUUCGAGCUACCCUUCGAUGUUGAAACGUUCACGCUUCAAGCAACAGGAUCAGGGUCAGCAAUUAUCGAUGUAUCUACUUCAUAUUAUGUGACUGGCAAUGAAAACGAUGAUAACAUAGAGGUUAAAGCAGUAGUGACAAAAGAGUCGAUAAAUACUGUGACAAUUGAAUCCUGCCUAAGAUGGACUGCAAGUGACAAUAGUGGCAUGUUACUCAUGGAGGUAGAGAUGCCAACAGGAUUUCAGCCUGACGAUAAUCUAUUGAACAGUCAGGACUCGAUCAUGAAACACGAAACGAAUGGAAGAAAUAUUGCUUUAUAUUUCAAUGGUGUAAAUCCAAAUACAGACGUUUGCGUUGAUGUGAAGAUGGACCGUGUUGACCCAGUUGUCAAGAGUCAAGCCUGCCAU